AUGGGUAAGCAUGUGUAACCGUGCUCAUUAAGACGAUUUUAGAGCCAUACCCUUUAAAAGCUUCAAACUAACUGUAAAAUUUUUUCUAUUAAUAGUCAUGGUGUAUCCAGUAAAAUUAGUGUUCUCCACGAAAACACCAAUUAUUAGAAUUACCACAAAAGACGGUGACAGGUCCUACAGGAACACUUCCGGUAACACAAAUCCUAAAGCGUCGUCCAGCGCAGCUACGCUACCGAUGUCAAAGACCUUGUCUGACGAUGAGCUUGGAAAGCUUAACAUCGGUACGUUUAAGUUUCAAAUUAUUGCUGUGGAGUGAGAGCAGGGAGCGAGCAGUAGUUAUAAUCAGAGUUUAAUGUAAAUCUAUGCAGAAUCUAGAUUUUGACCACACUAUUUUUUAAAGUAUAGUUGUGGGAAAAUAAAGUGUAGGCAGCAAGAAAUUUAUCUUUUAUUGAUAGCACGGUUUUAUUUUAUACAGAUCUUCAAAAGCUUGAUGGAAGCAGUGUUGUUUUGUCGUCCACAAAAACUAUUGCUAAGUACAAAGGCCAAUUAGUGACAUGGCCGUUUCACAUCAAAUGCGGGUUAUGUGGAGUUGAAAGACAGGUGGACAUUCAUCGUAAGCACAGUGGAAUCAUUUCGAAAUUUAAGUUGGGUAGGUUGUUUUAUAUACAUCAACGACAACAACAAUUAAGUUGAUAUUUCCACAAUGUAUACAUAUUAUUACCUAAAGGAAAAGUACAAAAUAGGCACCGCACAGGCCCAUGUGACUAUUGCUUCCGAUUUCUUUUGAGGGGGGGAGGGGGUGGGGGGGCUGUGCACAGACUAUUUAGAAGGUGAAAAAAUACAAUGUAUAAUUUCCCACUAUUCAUCAGAAUUUUGGGGGGUUGUCCCUCUCCCCCUCUGAAGCCUACGACCACAAGAUAUACGCUUGUUGCGCUCAAACCAUACCUGGUGUAAGUCAAAACGUAAUUCAACACAACUGGUGUUUGGAUUAGCUCGUCGUGUAGUCCAUGUAGCUCAUGCGGGUACUUUGAACUCUUACAUAAUUGACUCCUAUCGGCCAUAAAUAGAGCCUAACACCGAGCUUUGCUUCUUUUUUUUUUUUUAGCACAUUACAGCCGCUGCAAGGAGAGCUCUGCAAAAACUAAAAAGUGUACUCGGUCUAAAUUAAGCUUUACCAACAAGAGAAAGGCUCCUACGAGUGAUCCCAUGACGUCAGAAGGAGAGGUGGUUUGCCUUACAGAUCAACAACCAUGAAAAAAGGCUAAGUCCUCGCAAGACUCGGACGUCGACAGCUCUGACCUGGAGUAAAUAUACUGAAACCUGAAGAAAUGGGACUUCUCUCAGAAAAGUUAUCAGCGGGAUAUUCAAAACUUAAUCUAACUUUAUCAUUUUCCUCACAAGUUGUUUAUAAUGCAAAAUAAGUUACAAACUGAGCUGUCCCGUUUCUCCUGAUGUUUUACAUAAUACCUUUCACUAUCAGUUUAUGUCACCAGUACUCAGUAUUUAGUGGGGGAUUCUUCUAUUAUGAACUUCUUAUCAAUAAUUCAUUUCAAAAAUGAGGUUCAAAAGUAUUAAGAUCUUAAAUGACCUUUUUAAGCGAUUUACGAUCUGAUUGAAGAAUAACUUACAGUGUCUGUUAAAGGGAUUUUGUGGUAGGAAUGGAGACCGAAUAACUAAUCAAACCUGUUCAGUUGCUAGUCGAUCGUGUAAUAGCAAUUUUGGCACAUUUUAUGUAAUAGCUUUGUCUUAACUAUUCUAGAUGAAACUUUAUUUAAAAAGUAGGACAAGGACUACUUUCAGUUAUUAGUAAACUUAUAAGGUUAAGUUAAAGUCUAGUAAUCACAAUACUUAAUUUAGUAUCCGUGUAACUUCUUUCUGACUUAUAGUUCUAGUUGUAUGUUACUAUCGUUUGAUAAAGAUAAAGAAACUACGAAUAGACAAGAUUUUGCUUGUUUAAUAUCAAGUAAAAUGCAUUUUUAUUAAACGUUCUGUGUUGUAAUUUCGUUGCCUUUCUUUCUUCAAUUGUAGACCAUUUGGGGAAAAUGAAAGUGACAUUGAAUCUAAUAGCGAUGACAGUGUUUGUAGAAACAAAUCCCUUCAAUACUCCCUCGAAGAAAGUGAGGAGGAAAGAAGUGACUCGACUGACAGGUCUGACAAUAAAAGCAACUCUGAUAGCGAGAUAGACAAAGAUGACAGUGCCUCCUUCAUUUACGGUGUUGAGUCAGCAGACCCGGUAUGCGUAAAACUAAAUGACUUAAUCCGCAGAGGAAAGAUUGAAAAGUCUCGUAUAUUUUAUAAAUAUUUGAAAGAUGUGCUUGACGUUUAUUACGAUCCUCUGCACAAGUAUGAUAAGGAUGUUAUCGAAUUUUUUAAUUCCAUUACUUAUCUCGGAGGGAGGAAAGUCGCUUGCUUCAUUAGAGGCCCCAUUAACUGCAAGGAAGGAAGAGGAAGUCAUCUCAACACCAACAACGAAAAGAGGAUGAAUCUCGGGGGACCCGCAUAUAAGACAUGCCUCAAACAUCAAGCUGGCUAUACAAACAAACCUGGAGUCUGGAAACCGCUGUCGUUAGGCCAUCUAAGUCUAUUACAAAUAUUUAACUCCCUUCCAGUUCUCAAAACGGGUGAGCUAAUUGCAUAUCCCUGCUGUUUGGCCAACGAUGGAACCGCGCUUAAACCAGCUAUCGAGUUUGACGAAAGGCUUAAGGAAAAUGUGGGAUUAACAAGAAAUCUAAAAAUUGACUUCGUCAAAAGUAAUCCCCAACCUACAACUGCAUUUCUUAAAGAUAACUUGGUUACCGAGGCCAUCGUUUCCUCUGUGACCAGUCUUGAUAACAAAUGUAGUCUACCGUGCGCUAUAGAGUACGCAACAAAAGCAGGAAAGACUGCAGAAUCCUGCAAGGAAAUGUUCGAAAAGCAAGUACGAAUCCUGCAGACGUGCGAGGCUUGUCAAAAGAGAUCUCUCGCCACAAAGCACAUUCUCGGGCAUUGCUAUGAACAGUGCCAAAGCUUUUGUGAAACAUGCUUUGGUAUGAAAGAACUGUGCGAAGAGUGCAAAGCAAAAGGUCAUGUAAGCUACCAUCCAGCAAUUCGUGCUUGCUCAUGGUGCCUUGAGAACGGUGCGCAGUGUGUAAGGAGAGUAAUAUUUGUUAUUGUGGCGGAUUGCGAAACAGGCAACAAAGGGGCUUUUAUACUGAUACGAAAGAGUAUCGAGGAGGGAACAAUAGAUGCUUAUCUUUCUCUCCUAACCAUUUUACCCGACUGUCCCCACGUAGGAAAAAGCUUAAAGGCCUCCUUUAGUAACUGGUGGCUUAAGUUAUGUAAUGAGCGCGGCAACCUUGGCUUGCUUCGUACCCUUAGGAAUCGUGCCGGUAGUGCCACUAUGACCACAAUGAGGAAACUUGUUCAACGGAACGAUCACGUAAAGAACAAGGACCGGCAAGAUCCAGCUGCCGUACUGACCUUAUGUUCAGAAGAUUUAACCUCGUUUCUAUCUAACGUAGGUCAUGUAUGCCACACAAUCAUUCCGGAGCUGGACAAGUUCACGGAAAACAACCGUCUUGGGAUGUACCCCAGCCCUAUAAGUGUUGCCGUCGGAAAGUACGGAUGGCUGUUGUUUCUGACAUGGGACAGCAAGCAGGGCUCUUCAAUCCUUCAUCGUGCUCGUCUGCACAGCCCUGUUGACAAGAUAUCAGUUGUCAAAAAGAAUCUCCCUUCAAAUCAGUUGCAAUGUGUUCAAGAUGUAGCAUUCCUUUCUUCACAGGAUGGUCCUGUGUUAGUGGUUGAGCUUGAAAAAAACAACUGUUACCUUACACCAAGCAAGAUAACAUCAUCAAAGAGAUGGGACGAGCUGAAGCAACAGUUUAGCCUGACAAUGACUGGAACUUUGGUUGAAAUUCGCAAGCAAGCUGAUCGUUUCCUACAAAGCAAAGAGAAGGAGUAUUCGACGAAUGGACACGACAGGGAGCAAAUAAACUUCCAGGACAAAGCCGUGCAGGACCACAUUCAGGCAAUCACGCUGAUUGACCGCGAGCUUAUGUACCUGGCGGCUGCAAGCUCAAAGAGAAUUUGAAGCGCCCAACUUAAAUAUGACGGUUAUGGAAUCUGUGCCACAAAUGUCCAGGAAGUAAUAGGGUAUGGCGAGGGCUGGGAAUGUGUCACCAGUGUUUCCAUUUGCCGCAACAAGUUAUUUGCUUCACACGCUGAAGGAAUAUCUGUGGUGUGUCUUGAGUCGCAUCAAUGCCAUGCUGUCUACAGGUCAAAUCAUGCCAAAUGCACGGUGGUGCCCUUCAAAAAUGGUGCUCUCUUUACCGAUCAACAAAAAGCGACCCUCUACCAGAUCGACGAAGAGGAAAAUAUUCAUAUAUUUGCUGGCAGUGAAACAGAAGGUUCUCUUGAUGGACUUGUCGCAGAAUGCAAGUUCAAGCAACCAAUGGGAAUUGUCGUGGAGUUUGACAACGUUGUCUACAUGUGUGAUCCACAGUCAAAUUGUGUUAAAGUGAUGAAGCCCCUCUCCCAAACUGCCAAGUUUUUAAGUGCGAUAGGAAAGUUGUACGACGCAUUCUCUGUCCAUAAGAAAGGUCAGAGUGUCCAAACAAGAACCUUGCAAGAGGCUGAGAGCAGGAUCACAGAGUGCAAACGCUUCCUUUCUGAGCUGGAAAGAGCCGUGCGCUCUGAAGACGGUUGUUCCAAUAUAUCGCUUAAUGGACCACAGGGUAUGGUUUCCGCUGUUACUGUGAAAUCGGUUGACCUUCUUGACUGGGGUGUACGAAGACUGAAGUCUCUCUUAUCCAGUCUGUCGUUCGAUGACACAAGUCUCCUUAGCUGUAUGACUUUGGAUGUUGAACAUUUUCAUUCCCCGUCUCAUGUAAAACAUCCAUUUCUUUCCAAAAAAGAAUAUUGCCGAGACUUUGGAAACACCGUCAAGGAGACUAUAAAGCGGCUCUCUUCCUCCUCGUUUUAUUACUUCACCAGCGAAAAGAGCUCGUGGUAUCCAGAGCCAGAGCACGAUAUCCCGCUCUCUGCACUACCUUCCAUUCCUCCACUUCCAGACGUAAAACUGUCCCAAAAGGAAAUCGGUCAAAUGCGAGAUUAUGCAUUGACGUAUGGAGCUGCUGUGAGGCAGAGAACCAACCGCCAAGAAACCACUAUGGCACGGCAUGGAACAAUGCCUGAGCUUAUCUACCAAAGGCAACUAGAGAUAUCUGCAGACAAGGUAGAUGUUUCAACAGGUAUAGGCCGUAGAUCAUCGAUGCCAUCAACAGAUACACAAACGUGCAAUGAUGAAAUUGAAAACGCAGCUAUCAGUGAUACUGACGAGAUACCAGAGUAUGACAGCAGCUGUGAUGAAGAGCAAGUCGAGGAAGGUGCUGCUGUUUUGGAACUAGACAGGGCAUCAACCUUUCUUGUUGGAGUUUCCACUCGCUUUGGGAGACAAGUUCGAAUAAACAACAGACUCAUUUCGUAA